AAGCUUUCCUAAGUUUUUUAAACUAAUUUUUUUGAGAGAUGGGAAACAUUUCUUCAAAAACAAGCUCUAUUGAAAAAGACCAUAAAGAUCUCGCAAACCUCUUGGAAUCUGCUAAAUUCGGCAGGUGGGAAAAAGUAUGGGAAAUUAUCGGUAGCCCAAUGAAUGAGAGGAAAUCUUGGAUGUUAAACUGUUGUCCAGAAAACCGUCGGUGGACAGUGCUGCAACAAGCUGUUUGGUGGAAUAAUACCGAAGUCGUCACUAAAUUACUACAAUUCCCCACCAUUGAUACUUAUGGAAAAGCAAAAGAAGGUAAAUCUGAAAUUGGGGAUGACGGAGGGUUAACGGCAUUUGAGAUAGCAGAAAAAUUUAAAUACAGUGGUGUUUCUCAACUUCUGCAUAACUUUGUCUGCGGAAUAGAAGAACAAGAAAUUGACACUUUUCAUGCGUAUGGUCGAGAGAUACAAAACCAAGAACUUGGAUUACUUCGAAUAACUUUGGCAGCGUAUAAAAAUACAUUUCACCCGUCUGUUAUUGAUUCUUCAAAGCCAUUGGCAGUUGUCUUGAAGGACAUUUUUAUGGGAAUAGAUACCACAAAUAGAUGGAAAACUGUGCGCGAUAAGCUCUCUGAAUCAGUAUUUCUAGCUUGUACGGCAUAUAGCGAAGAACUAAAGAAUUGUGAAAGUCGCGAGGACUUCUUCAAAACUAUCGUUAAUGUAUAUACAGAUGAGAAUACAAGAUUAUACACUCGAGUUAACACCGCGCUAAGACGUCAAAGAUCACAUGGCUACAGACCAACAGCGGAGGAUUUGGCUUUGGGGCCAUACAUUCUGAUGUACCAACUUCUACUGAUGUUUUGGCUAAAAUUAGAGAAGGAAUCUAAAACAACAUAUCGAAAAAUGCUCCUUACAAAAGAUCACCAGGAAAAGUAUAAAAAGGGCAUCAAGUUCACUUGGUUAUCAUUUGUGUCAAGUUCCGUAAAUCCCACGAAAGCCAUCCCGUUUCCAACAUGUGAACCAGAAGAAGAAACAUGUACAAAUGUAACGGUUUUUGAAUUUGACAAUACUUGCAUUUGUCAGUGGCAACCACGAAACAUUGAAAAAUUUGCUAUGUAUGAGGAGGAGGAAAGAGUUUAUCCUGCUGGCUCGCAAUUCUACAUAACAAAUCGGACUGUCGGAAACGGUGAAACUCGAAUUUACCUCAAACUACUCUCCAGUUAAUGGAAAUCUGACAGUUAUUUUAAUGUCCAAAAUAUUCUUUAUUACAAGAAAUAAUUCUUUAAUAUGAGCCACUCGUUUAUGCACAUUGAAAACAAUUUAAAGGUAAUUAAACUUUUUAUGAAUCAAAAUGAAUAUUUAUGAAUCAAAUGUAUAUUUAAUAAUAAA